AUGGCUUCCCGACUCGACCGCCUCGUCACGCUACUUGAGACGGGCAGUACUCAGUUGAUUCGUAAUACUGCUGCUCAGCAGCUUGCAGAUGUGCAGAAACAGCAUCCAGAUGAACUGUUUAAUUUACUCGGACGCAUCCUGCCUUACCUCAGAUCCAAGUCCUGGGACACAAGGACAGCUUCUGCCAAAGCUAUUGGACUGAUUGUCUCUAACGCAGAUAUCUAUGAUCCAAACGAGGACGAUGGACUCCAGAUCAAGUCUGCGGCAGAAGAAGAUGAUGUGGAGAUUAAGUCCGAGGUCAAAUCCGAAGAGCCAAUUCCGGCUGAUGAUUUCCUCAAACUCGACACCCUGGACAUCCCUUCCGUAUUAAAAUAUGGUAAGCGGCUGCUCGGCAGUGCGGGCAAGGAGUAUGAGUACUCCCUCGCGUCUAUGGAACCAGCUUCACGCCUGCAGCACCAAAAGAAGACCUUGACCUCGAGGCUGGGUCUCGAAGGCGAAUACCUUGAAGAAGACCUGAUCGAGGAUAUCGAAUUGGCUCCUAAAGUGGUAACUCCUGCCCCAAAGCAUGAGCCGACUAUCCCGCCAAUUCCUCAUCAUGACAGUCUUCGUGAAGCUUCCUCCCGCCGGCCUUCCUCGCCUAGUGAAAGUGCGAUGAAGGAGGACGGGGGGCUGAGCAAGCGCCAGCUCAAUCAGCUCAAACGGAAAAACAAACAGAAUGCCAAGAUGGGGGCCAAUAAAGUCCGUGUCGUGGAUCUGUCUUCCCGUCGACAGUCCGAUAUUGUUACAACCCCUCUGGCGACAACCCCCCACCCCGUCAAAGCAGAGAAUGGAGAUGAUCAAAACGGCGAGACAAAACCCGAUUACUUUUCCUUUGAACGCACCGAAGAGGAUGACGAUUCUAAGCUUGUUUCUGAAUUCAAAGGAGCUGCCGUCCCAGAGCGACCUCAUAUCCAGCCAGACAUUGUGGAGCAGGGUGCAGGAUGGCCUCUGGAACAUAUGUGUGAAUUCUUGACUAUGGACAUCUUUGACUCCAACUGGGAAGUUCGACAUGGCGCCGCAAUGGCCCUGCGUGAAGUAAUCAGGGUCCAGGGCCCGGCAGCUGGUCGCCUGGAUGGAAAAUCUCGCUCAGAAAACGAUGCACUCAAUCGCCGGUGGCUGGAUGACCUCUCAUGUCGACUACUCUGCGUUCUGAUGCUUGACCGCUUUGGUGAUUACAUUUCAGACAAUGUGGUUGCCCCAAUUCGUGAAACCGUGGGCCAGACUCUCGGUGCUCUUCUCUCACACCUACACCCGAACUCAGUUCGAGCGGUCUACCGAUGCCUAUACCGGAUCAUAAUGCAGACCGACCUAGGACUGGACCGCCCCGUAUGGGAGGUCUGUCACGGUGGUAUGAUCGGGCUGCGGUACCUUGUCGCAAUUCGAAAGGACUUGCUCGUCAAGGAUUCCAACAUGAUGGAUGGCGUCCUGGAAGCUGUCAUGAAAGGCCUCGCUGAUUAUGAUGAUGAUGUCCGGGCUGUUAGCGCCGCCACGCUUGUUCCCAUUGCAGAGGAGUUUGUCUCCUCCCGGACUGGCACUCUUGGCUCUCUGAUGAACAUCGUCUGGGACUGUCUCUCCAAUCUGCAGGACGAUCUUAGUGCUAGCACAGGCUCUGUGAUGGACCUUUUGGCCAAGCUGUGCACAUUCUCUCACGUUCUGGAUGCUAUGAAGGCUAACGCUGCAGAUGAUCCGGAAGCGUCAUUUGGCAAACUUGUCCCCCGCCUCUACCCAUUCCUCCGCCAUACUAUCACCAGCGUUCGCUUGGCUGUCCUUCGGGCUCUCAUGACAUUCUUGAAGCUGGAAGGUGACGGCACUACAGAUUGGGUAGAUGGCAAGGCACUGCGCUUGAUCUUCCAAAAUCUUCUCGUGGAGCGCAACGAGAGUGUUUUGAAACUGUCUGGCCAAGUGUGGUCUGAACUCCUCCACGCUGUUGAACUGCGCGGUUCAUUCAAAUCCGAAGAGGAGUUAUCCGACUCGAUCCAGCCUCUUGUCACUCUGACUCUGGGCGCUUUCGGCGUUCCUCGGUACCCCAUCCCCAUGGACGCCUCGCUCUUUAUCAAACCGUCUGGUCUGCCAUUCUCCGCCACUCUCCCGGCUCCGACCCCUUCCAAAGGCUCUCCCCCUGCUUCUAUUCCGGGCGGUGCUGAGAUCAAGGUGGGACGGAGGCGCAAAUCGGAGAAGAAAGAGAAAGAACCGCCUCCGCCCUCAGCUCACAACGUGGACGGACACAUGCUUUCCGGUGAUAUUGACCUCGUUGGUACAGAUACCAUGCUGAGAUCCAAGAUUUACGCCGCGAAGGCGCUGGGCGCACUGAUAUCUUUCUGGGACAAGAAUGAACUACCAAGCCUUUGGCCGGCAGUUCUGGAUGGUCUUAAUGCUUCUGCUUCCACAACGCAGCUUGCUUCGGCCAUGGUCCUGGAAGAGUAUGCUCGCCAAUCCGGGCCAGAGAGCAAAUAUCGCUCGUCUCUAUGUGACCGUCUUCGACCAAUUCUCGAAGGCGAGCGCCCACCCUGGUAUGCGGACAUUGCGUGCUACCUUCAUGUAGCGCGCUCCCAGUGCCAUUCAUUGUUGAAUACUUUCCGGGAUCAUGCGCAUGUGGCACCUUCUCGGCUGCCAACCUUGGCUGUGGUCGUCCAGGGCGACUCAGAAGCCGGGCCUAACGCAUUUUCUUUGGCGGACGCUGAGAAAAUUGUCGGUCCUGACUUUGAUCGACUGAAGAAGAACCUCACACCGGCACAACGGAUCACUGCUACCCAAGUGUUGAAUGACACUCGUACCACUGCACAAUCCGCCGUCGAGGAGGCACGACUGAUAAGGGAACAGCGGGAUAUGCGUGUUCUUGCUGCCACUGCUGGUGCCCUGGUCGCGUUGCGGGAUAUCCCCAAGAAGCCUGGUCACAUCAUUAAAGGUAUGAUGGACAGUGUCAAGAAAGAGGAGAAUGUAGAACUUCAGCAGCGCUCAGCGACAGCAGUGGCGGGCCUUAUUGAACAUUACACAGCCUCCACAAAGCGUGGACCAGUGGACAAAAUCAUUGGAAACUUGGUCAAAUACUGCUGUGUGGACACUUCCGAGACACCCGAAUUCCCGCACAAUGUGCAAUUGGAGAAAUCAAUCUUGUCGCUGCGCAAAGAAGAAGACCGACGGGACCAUCCAGACGCGGCCAAAUUCGAAAAAGAGGCAAGAGAAGCACGGAUUAUGCGUCGUGGUGCUAAGGAUGCGCUGGAGCAGCUGGCAGUCAAAUUCGGCCCUGAGCUUUUGGAGAAGGUUCCGAAUCUCGCGAAAUUGGUUGAACGGCCAUUGAGAGAUGCUUUGACAGAAGAUGAACUUCCCGAGGAUAUCACUAAACCAGAGAACGAACUUGGCCAAGAAAUUGUGGAUGGUCUGUCUACGUUGCGGGCUCUGCUGCCCAAGUUUGAUACAGGUCUCCACGAAUGGGUCAUCGACCUUAUGCCGAUUAUCGCCAAGGGUUUGCAGUGCCGACUUUCUGUUAUUCGCUACGCAGCAGCCAAAUGUUUCGCUACAAUUUGUAGUGUCAUCACCGUCAAGGGCAUGACAAUGCUGGUUGAAAAGGUCUUGCCACUUAUUAACAAUGGUUUGGAUGUCAAUCAUCGUCAAGGUGCGAUUGAGUGCAUCUAUCAUCUGAUCCAUGUUAUGGAAGAUGGGAUUCUCCCUUAUGUCAUCUUCCUGGUAGUUCCUGUCCUUGGCCGAAUGAGCGACUCCGACAACGAUGUGCGUCUUCUAGCAACAACAUCAUUCGCCACCCUCGUUAAACUGGUUCCUCUGGAGGCGGGUAUUCCCGACCCCCCCGGCUUCUCAGCGGAGUUGCUCGAAGGCCGUGACCGAGAGAGGAAGUUCAUGUCCCAGAUGCUGGAUGUGCGUAAGGUCGAGCCAUUCGAAAUUCCAGUCGCGAUCAAGGCUGAGCUCCGACCUUACCAGCAAGACGGUGUCAACUGGCUUGCUUUCCUCAAUCGCUACAAUCUCCAUGGCAUUCUUUGCGACGACAUGGGUCUUGGCAAGACACUGCAGACCAUUUGCAUCGUGGCAAGUGACCACCAUAUGCGAGCGGAGGAGUUCGCCAAGAGUCAAUCCACAGACUCUCGAAAAUUGCCUUCUUUGAUUGUCUGUCCGCCUUCUCUCUCUGGACAUUGGCAGCAGGAAGUCAAGCAGUAUGCUCCAUUCCUCAGUUGCAUUGCAUGUCAUUGUAACUUCCUACGAUGUUUGCCGCAAUGA